GUUGUUUUCAUAAUAUUUAUUUGUACGUGGCUGAUGAAACAUAAGGCGAUAGGAAUCUUUGUUUAGACGAUAUUGUUGUGCACCAAUGGACCACGAAGUCAUUUUUCAUCGGAACUGAGAAGAAAAAGCCUUUUAAAAAAUGAUGGAAGAAUCUUCAGAUGAAUCAACAGAAAUAAUUUCAAAUGAGGAAGCAGAGUUGGCAAAGAAAAUGCAAGAGAGUGCAGAACUUUCCAACUUACCAACAGAUACAUCAACCACAAAGCUUAUUCCCAGUGUGACUGCUCCUGCUCCACUGCCAGUAUUUAUGAGUAUCCCAGAAGCCUCUCCAUCAGUGACAACACAGCAGAAAUCAAAGGAAUCCUCUUCUCCAGCACCUCUUCCUCCGCAAAGGAAAAUACCUGUUUCUUCUCCAACAUCAAAUGUACAACAAUCCAAUUUGACUGUGAAACCCAAUGUAGCUGCCCCAGCUCAAAUAGAGACCCCUUGGGAAGCCAGUUCUCACAUCCCAGUUCCAGCAGAGAUGAUCCCUGAGUCCCCCACAAGUCCAAAUAAUCAGAGAGGGGGAUUGUUCUCAUGGAUUGGAGGGAGCAAUCUUGUCAAUAAAGUUGUUGAAAAAACCAAGAGUUCCAUGGAGAGCAUGAUCACAACCCUUGAUCCUGGGAUGAAAGAGGUUAUAAGAACUGGUGGGGAUGUGUAUGUGGUUGUAGCAUCUGAAAACGAGAAUAAAGUAGGAGCUGUCAGGGAGGCAUUUCAGGCAGUGUUUGGAAAGGCCAUUGUGAGGGGAAUGGAAAGCAAUUCAACUACUGCCGCUCAACCAGUUGGUUACACUUGUGGUCUAAAAGGUGCUGAAGAAAGGAUAAAAAAUCUUCGGGAAAAGGGGAAUCUGGAGGAGGGUCAAGCCAUUGUCUCAGUGGAAGGGUUCAUUGUGGAGCUAUUUCCAGAUAGAUGGUAUGAAAUGAGCUGCUUGAUUAUACAAGAUCCUGCAAAUAGAGUAGAACUACAGACAUUCUCGCAACCAACCCCUCUCCCUGCUGAGUACAUUCUCCAAGCCCAGGACAGAACACCAUCAGACUACCCUUUGCGUUGGGCGGGACUGGCUGUAUCGAUUGGUCAAAUUGUGGAAGAGUCUUUGCCUCAUGUUGGUCAUUCUGAUUGGCAAGUUGCACUGACAGGGGUCAGUCGACGUGAAUCUCUGACUUUAGCUGCUAAGACUCUGGCUUACAUGUACAAGCAAAGACUUCCAUCAGCUGUUGUAUAAUCUGUAUAUUUGCAUAAUUUUAAUUUACUUCAUAAACAUGUAGUUUAAGAUUUUAGGCUACCUGAGUAACUCAGGUGACCUAAUGCUAUCUGUUUUUGUCUAUCGAGUGCAUCAUAUGUUAACAUUUGAACAUUUUCAGCUUCUUCUGUGGAACUGCUGAACCAAUUUCAACCAUUUUUGGCAUAUAGCAUCUAUGAGUGAAGGUGAAAAAAAUUGUAAGUUUCAUAAUCCCUGCCAUUGUGGGGUCUUAGAGGUAGGGAUAAAACCAUCAAAGUUAGUGAUAUCUUUAAAAAUCUUCUUUACUCAGGGACAUCAAGCAGUCAAACUGUUGACAUGAUUGUAACAAGCAUUAUGCCCUCUACCAAAUUUUUCCAAGACAUCUGGACUGUAAAGACAUCAGCAUGGGUUUAAACUAGCCCUACACCAGGUUCAGAAUUUAUUGUAAUUCUGAGCUGUACUCAGCCAAUCUUUACCUGUGUGCAACACAUAAACUUAUAUUUAAACCAGGGAUCAUUGAUCGCAAGUUUAGAUCUGAGAUACACAACCAUCCAGUUAGUAUUUUGUUGAUCCUGACAAUCCUAUUUCUCUUGCUUUUGGGUAACGUCUCCAUCUAUCAGUUUAUUUUAUAUUUCUAUGGAUCUUAUAAAUUGUUGUAUUAUACUCGGGUGACCAUUAAGGUCCUUGGGCCUCUCGUUGUCUUUUUUCCUCACCCAUUUUACUGAAUAAGUAGCUUCCAAACAAAAUGAUUGUGUAGGUAGCAGUAUUUUUUACAAGCAAACCUACUAGUACCUCAUCAUUUAUUGAAAUCAGAAUAAGUGUAAAGUGAAACUUUCAAGAUCAACUCUCUAUAAUGACCUUAACUUUUUUGGAACAAAUGGUAACCAUUUUUGAUGAAACUUAGCUCAUUAUUAUACCAUGACACCAUUCGAGAUAUCAGUGUUUGAGAUAACGAAGUUCAACUGUAAUUGUAAAUGCUUAUAAGAAUAAUGAAUGGCUUUACUAUCCUAUAAAAUUCAAGUUGUAAAAAAUAUGGAGGGAUUCACCUGAGAUAUUUCAAUACAAUACAUUCAAACAAUUGAGAAUACAUGUAUUUGUAUGAAACUAUUGAGAAUUUAUGUGAAAUUAUUUAUGUGAAGAUUGUUUUUGAAAAACUAUUGACUGAGAAUAUCUUUGAGAUUCUCCUGAGCAAGAACUUUGAGAAUAUUUAUGACAAACUCAUAUGAGAAUAUUGAGUAAUAUUCAGACAUGAAUAUGGGGUAUAUAAAGAGAAUAUUAAGGGUAUAAUAAUAAACUAUGAGAAUAUUCUGGAAA